AUGUUUGUCGUAUCAUGUACAGUUAUUGUUCUAUUGUUAUUUACAUUGGGUUCAUCAGGCAAUGGUUUAUGUAUGUUGGUAUUUCUUCGUAAAAAAUUUCGUCAUCGUAUUAUAACACCAUAUUUUAUUGUUUUAUUAUUGACUGAUUCUAUUUAUUUAUUAUUGCAUUUAAUUAAAUUAAUUUAUUAUUCACAAACACUUUUUAAUCUAAAUAUACAUCCAGAAAAAUCAUGUUCAAAUACAGUUUUUGCACGAGCAUAUCGACAUGCAACACAAACAUGGCCACAACCAUUAGUUCCAUUUGUACAUUCGGAAACAUAUAUACGAUUUUCUUUAAUAUUAAUGUGUAUCAUAUCUGUACAUAGAACAACAUUUAUGACUCGUUCAUUAAAACGUCUUGCUAUGCCAACAACACAUAAUUAUAUACAAAAAUACAAAUGGACAUUUAUAUUUAUAAUUUUAGCAUUUUUUCUUGCAUAUAUUUUUGAAUUUGUUGGUUUAACAUUAUUUUGUUCAAAAUCAAAUAAUCGUGAUAUAUCAUACGAAUGGUUUAUUUAUAUGAGUAAAUAUAUGAAAAAUUCAACAUAUCUUUUAACAAAUACAAUGGUUGAUCAACCAAAUUCAUUAAAAUGUGUUAAUUAUGUUUUAGAAAGUUUACAAAAACGAAAUCAAAGUUCAAUUAUACAUAAAAAUGAUAUAUGUACAAAAGAACAAUUAAUAAAUAUAUUAUCCCAUUAUUUUGAUAAACAUCAACGGCCAAUUGUUAAUUUAAUACAAAAAAUUUUAUUCCAUCAAACCGGUCAUAGUAUAUCACGAAAUGAAAUUCGUCGAAAAUUUCAUUUUCAUGAAUGUUUAUUUCCUCAAGAGCCAAGCUUUUUUCAUCGUUAUUAUAAUUUUAUGUAUAGACGAUCAUUUGGUUUUAAUCGACAUACAUUAGUUAUAGGUAAGAUAAAAUCUUUUAAAUAGAUUAACAUAUA